AUGACAGAAGAAAAGAAAAAAUUACCAACAAAUGCAUUAACGGCAGAAGAACUAUUGCAAAAUAAAGGUCUUAAGUACAAAGCUUGGAAUGAAUACGAAAGAUCUGCUGAAACUCUUCCAAAGAUUGGAAUGAAGCAAUUUGAGCCUGACAAUUCUUGGUUACAAAAUAUGCAAAUUGAAAAGGGCAUUAAGUCCCAUAAAAAUUUAAUAGCUGUAGAAAGAGUAGAUCGUAUUUCUCAAUUGGCAAGUGCUGAAUGGUUACCUCUGCAGAAAAGAGCUAGAGUAAAAAAGUUCACUGGUGUAGAUUGGGGUAAUUUUGGCCUGGAAAAAAAUUGUGUCCUAUAUUUAUUGCCAGAAGAAGCACUGUUUCUUCUAGAAACUAACUGUUUGGAACUUACUUGGAAUGAUGUACCAUUGUCCAUUCAGCAAGCUUAUGAACUUUUAAUCGAUAAUGUUGAGUGCACAAUAGAAGAAUACAGAGUUUACAGUCAUUUAGUACGUUACGGUUAUCGUAUACAGCGUUUUAUUUAUGACUUGGACAAAAACAUAAAGAAUGAUGAAAGCAGCAAUACCAAGCGUAAGGUUAUCGUUGAACCUGAAAAUGGUCUUUGGAAACAGUCUAGUACUUGUACAAAUAUAGAGAAUAGAAACUCUGUCAGCGAUCAGCAGAAUAUUCAUAUAGAUACUAAUAAUUCCAUAGAAAUUCAUCAGGAGGUAACUGAACUUCAAGAUAUACCAGAUGAUGUACAUAAAGUUGUAAAUGAUCUUGUUUCUAGAGUAGAAAAUAUUGAAAUUGUGAAAAAUGAAAUGGAAGAUUGUGCAUUGUUAGACACUGAUGUGCAAACAGAAAAUACAAAUCAUGAUAAAAAGAAGCGAAAUUCCAAGGUGGAAAUAAUAUCAGAGGAAACUUUACUAGGUAAUAUUAAAAUUGUUACAGAUUCUAAAAAUAAUUGUACAAAAGGAAAUACUUCAGCUGCUGAUUGGCGGUCAGCGCGUAUACAACGGAAUGUCAAGUUGUUACCUAAAAGAAUUGAUAAAGCUUUGUUACCGACUCCUGAUGUCUCAGUGCUUGAUUCUAGUACUACACGUUUUGAGCACAUCUCAAGAAAACACAAAGCAUCUUCGCCAGUCAGAGAAGAAUUACAAAAUAAAAGAUCAAAGCAAGAGGUCAUAGAACUCUCCGACGAUGAAAUUGAAGAAGUACCGAAGCCAAAGUCGCGUAUGGAUCUCUUAAACUUAAUUCCAAAUACUGCAUCUAAACCCAUUGUUACAGUGAAAAUUUCAAGAGGUUACAUACCGCAUAGCAUAAAGCCCUAUAAAAAUGUAUAUCAUUACGAAAAUGGAAAAUUAAAAAAUUCACAGGAAAUAGAUAACAGAACAACAGAAUCUGAUGGAAACGGAGAAAAUUUAAAUAAUAAUACAAAUAGGAAUACCAUUGGUUACAAUAACGCGUCAAUGAGUCAUAAUAUCAGGAGUACGCAUGUUGCUACACUGAAUCACAAUUUAGGAACAAAUAUACAGAAUGUCUUUAUGCAGCAGAAUUAUUACUCUAUGGAAGGCAGACAGUAUGCAAACUUUAAUUCUAAUUAUAUGUACGGUAAUAGAAUGCCGUUUCCGUACAGCCAGAAUUCAUUUUGGCACCAAAGGAACACCAUAUUUCAAAAUGUAUUUGUAGCUCUUGGAAAUCAUGGUGCAGCUUUUCAGAACAGAUUCAUGUCGGUGCAGAUGAAUAAUUUCUCAAUACCAAAUACGAGCAACAACAUGACCAGAAGUUUUCUUACCCGAAAUCAGUUGUAUGAUAAUUUUCAACAGAACUUUAUGCCCCUACGAAAAUUGUAUGACCAUAAAAUUAUAGAAAAUAUGUCGUAUCAUUGCAGCGUUGCUAGAACCGUAUCCCAACCGGAGCCUCGCCAAAGGUACUGGCCACGUCAUUCGUCAUUCAAUCAUUACAAACAUUCGAACGUCCCGAAUCGUAAUAAUGAAUUCAGUCAGUCAGCAUUUAAAGUACUGUCAGGAGCAUCUUCCUGGUCAGAAUUAAAAGCUAAAUGGCGUGACGAAAAAACGAUUACUAUCGACGACGAAGAUACGCGCAAAGAUGAAGAAUGCGAUGAAAUACAAGUAGUUGGACGAUUGAGAAGCCCACUGAUUGGAUCAAAGAGUGUAAAUACUCUCGAGGAAGUUUUUAGUAAGCUUAAAAUAAUUAAGACUGCACCCGAGAAGACUGUAAGAAGGAAGAAGAAUAGACACAGAAUAUCCUACAAUGUUUAUUCUAAUAUACAAAAUUAUAGAAAAGCAAAUCCUGGUCCUCCGCUCUACCGAAUAGUUGUAAUAAAGCAAGAUGAUCCAUUUUUACAACCAAUUGAAUUGCAUCGUUUGGUACAAGAUGCGAACCAUUCACAGAUAAUCAUAGCCUGUGUCUCAAUGACAAUUUCAUACAUUCAACCGGGAUUUGUAUCUAUACCCAAUAAUUUAACAUAA